GAACACGUGCGCUCCGAAUGUUGAACGCGUCCACCAUCCAAGACGCGACGAGAGUGCUCUCGCAGGCUGAAAACAUACGUCUGUCGCAAAAUCGCUGCUUUUUGAUAUAUCUCUGACUGUCUCAGAACAUCUUUCAAAUAGUCAGGACAGCGACUCUCAUAUUUAUUCAGACUCGCCACCUUUUCCUACUUCUUCCGCUGUGCGCAGGACCAUCUUCUGUACACUUGUGAUUUAGCUUGACAACCUGUACAAUCAUGGACGACGGUCCCACCGCUCUGGCCUUGCCCUCGGAAAUUUGGAACCAAAUCUUCGACCUAGCGUCGGAUGAGGAUGUUAUCUUUCAGUAUGGGCUGCCAACUGUCAUGGCCGAGUCCGCGUGGUUCAAAAACCCAUUUGGUGAAUGGACGCUUCGGUCGCCGCAGGAAGCCAUCAAUUUGGUCCAGCGACGGGCCUACUUCACCAAGAAGUCCAUUAGGUCGACUUGUCGAGCAUUCCGUCAGAUAGGCGCCGAGUUCAUGUACCGCUGCCUGUUCUUCAACGACCCGGCUCGUCUGCAGAAACUCAGCGACGCCCUCGACGCAUCCGCCACCAUCGCCACCACCAAAACGAAGUCCAUCGGCUGGUGGAGCCGUCGCUUGCAUCUUACACGCUACUAUGCGAACACGAAUCGCGGGCUCACCAUGAUGGACAUGGAGCGCGCACUCAUCAACGUGAUCAAGCACUGUCCAAAUCUCGAGAUUUUCAUCAUCGACUGGUCCCUCGGCGACACCUUCGGCCCCGUCGCGGACGCGUUGGCGACGUACGCGUGCCGCUCGCUGCGCACGGUGCGCUGGAUAGUGCCGAGCAGCGAGAUGCACAAGGUGAUCUGGGCGCUGGACUGCCUGCCCAACAUCAUUGCCGCGCACAUCGAGUUCGAGCCGCCGACGGAGGAGGACUCGGAUAACGUAGUCGUCCUGGGCUCGGCGUCGGAUAUAAACCUGACGCUCCCGUGCCUGCAGCAGCUCGUCGUGCGGGGGAACAUCCAGGAGUUCCUCGAGCAGGCAACUGGCUGGACCUUGCCCAGCCUGCGCAGCCUCUCCAUCGACUGCGGCAACAACCGCACCGACCAGCCGGACGUGGUGCAGUUCCUCACCCGCCACGGCGCGCGCCUCCUCUUCCUCGACCUGCAGUGCAUCCCGCCGCUCGACAUGCCGCGCAUCCUGCACCUCGCGCCCGCGCUCAAGACGCUGUGCUUCAACGGCGACUGGCGCCUCCCCUACGAGCACGGCCUCGCGGACACGCCGACCAGCACGCUCGUCCUGCGCCCGCACGAGAACAUCGAGACGGUCGGGCUGCACGGGCUCAUGUACGCGUUCGGCGUCGGCUACGCGGCGGCGUACGCGAGCGUGGAGCCCCUGCGCGCGCACCUUGUGCGGAGGUCGAACGACAUGAACGUCGCGGCGCUCAACAAGCUGUACUUCCCGCGCCUGCAGCGCGUGCGCGCGCUCAGCCGCUCCAUGCUCAUCGACCUCAACCGCGAGGACGGGCCGAGUGUGGAAGAGGGCGGCAUCGAGCGCUGGGAGAAGUGGUACGGCACGCUCGAGCGCAUCGGCGUGCGGCUGGAGGACUGCACGGGGCAGCUGUUGGGCACGCUGCCGCAAGACGAGGACGAGGCGGAGGAUGAGGAGGAGAGCGAAGGGAGCUCGAGCGACGAGGAAGAGGAAAUUAGUUGGGAAUACCAGGUGCCGCCAAUCGAGGAGGAGGAGGAUGAAGACGAAGAGGAUGCUCCGAGCGGUGGCGUAGCGGAGCUGCGCAAGUUGCUGGACGAGUGCCGGGCAAUGGGAGAGACACGCGAGCCCCCGAUGUUUGCCGGCAUCAUGGCAGAUUUUGCGGCCAUGUAUCCUGGCCUUCCGGCCGCCUCACCGAGUGGCGAGCAGGCUGCAACGGCCGCCAGCCCUGCAGCUGAAGGUGCGGCUCCCGCUGUCGCUGCCGAUCCAGGACCAGUGGCUGCAGCGCCUGAGUCUGCUCCUUCGCAGUAAACGAUUCUACCAUAUGUACGAUUCCAGAUUGACACCAUAUAUACUCGAUGCUCAAGUAAAUGGUCCCAUAGAUACCACCGCACGUACAAUAUUCAUACAAUCACCGAGUCACUUCCUCU